AAAAAAUGAUGUGACAAGGGCAUUGCCGUAAGGCCAGGGACCGGGGGGCGAUUAUGGCCUCGGAACUCCAGGAGACGAUAUGUACUGCCAAACAGGAGCGACACAAGAACCUGUUCCUCAACUACAGGAACCUUAACAUCUUCCCCGUGGAGCUCCUGAAAGAUGAGGGCCUGCAGUUCCUGGAGAGGCUAUACAUGAAGCGGAACUCUCUGACUACCUUGCCAGAAAACCUAGCCCAGAAGCUCCCGAACCUUAUCGAGCUGUAUCUGCAUUCAAAUAACAUCGUCAUUGUUCCUGAAGCCAUCGGAAACCUGGCCAAGCUGCAGUCCCUCGACCUGAGUGACAACGCCCUGCAGGUCAUCUGCCCAGAGAUUGGCCGACUGAGGUCCCUGCGACACCUCAGCCUGGCCAAUAACCAGCUGAAGUUUCUCCCCCCAGAGAUCGGCGACCUGAAGGAGCUGGAGACCCUGGACGUGUCCAUGAACCUGCUGAGCACGCUGCCGGAGCGGCUGCACCAGUGCCUGUCCCUGCAGUGCCUGACCGCCGACCGCAACAGCCUGCGCUGCCUCCCGCGCCAGCUCUGCCAGCUGCACAGCCUCAACGAGCUCUCCAUGGCCGCCAACUGCCUGGCCUCACUGCCCCUGGAUCUAGGGCGCUCCCGGGAGCUGCAGUUUGUCUUUGUUGACAACAACGUUCAUCUGAAGGGCCUCCCAUCCUACUUGUACAACAAGGUGAUCGGCUGCAGUGGGUGUGGCCUGUCGACGCAGGUGUCGGACUUUAAGCUACUUUCCGUGGCCCUGGAGGAGGUGACGGUCCCCCUGCCAGCGGAGGUGAAGGCCAUUGGCUCGGAGGCGGAGCGAGUGGUGCCUCUGGAGGAGCUGGCCAUGAGGGUCCUGCACGCCAUGUACAGCUCACUGCUCAAAGAUCUGAACUUCCUGCCCCCCAUCUCCUUACCCAAGAGCCUCCUGGAUGUGCUCCGGUGUCCCCUGGGUCACUGUCACCGCUGCAGCCAGCCCAUGUUUACCAUCGUCUACCCCAAGCUCUUUCCCCUGAGGGAGACGGCGCUGGCGGGGGUGCACCGCAGGACCACAGUGAGCUUCGUGGCCUACUGCUGCUCCAGCCAGUGCCUGCGGACGUUUGACCUCCAGAGCUGAUCCCAGGUCAGGAUCCCGCUCCAGUGGACUUGAAAACCCUCCUCACUGCCGCUGACCUGAGAGCAGGGGCCCUUUGCGGACUGGUCAGUCAUUCUCUCAGCACUCGGAAAGCGAAUGAAGCGGACGCAGCCACGCUAUGGGCUCAAGAAUACAAAAACAAAACUAAUGUCUCAACUCAGCUGACUGUGUCACUCUGAAAUUAAUGCCUGUUACCUGGACGGCAGUCUCUCUAGGACAUUGUGAGAUGCUCCCAGUAGCAGUUGUUACACUGAAUGACUACAUUGGCCGCACAGAGACUAUACAAAUGAAAAUGAAGUGUCUAUAUUGUCUGCUCACUAAAAUGAGCUCACUUUCAGUAUUUCACUACAUUUGACUCCUCAGACUAACCCUGGUCCUUCAUUGCAGCGUGCAUCUAGUUUACAUAUGAUCAAUCACUCUUGCAGAAAUGAUUCCCCAUCUUGAUCCCACUCAGAAUUUAUUUUGAUAGUUAUCAAGAUUUUUAUACAUGGCUCUAA